GUUCCAAGAUGGCGGCGGAGGCUGCUGCUGCUGUGUCUCCGGUGCUCUUUGCGACCGGAGGAAGCGUCGCAGGCGGUUGCCGGAGCUGAGGAGAGAAAGUGCGAAGAAGUGCAGUUGAAGGCAAGCUGGUCCCACACCAUUGGCUGAUUAUUCUGUAACUGACUUGACCAGAGGUUUGUGAUGCAGCCUCCACCACAGACAGUCCCCCCAGGGGCGGGGGCCCCUCCUCCUCUUGGAACACCACGGAACAUGUACUGGCGCAAUGGUCCCUUUGCUCGGCGGGCAAAUGCACCUGUCUCUACAACAGCUGGGCCUGUGCGACCUGUGACAGACCCCUUUGCCUUUGGCAUACAGGCACCACAAGGCUCUCCAUUAGUCAACACAGCCAAAGGCGACGCACCAGUUAUGCAAAGUUUUCCUCCAGUGGCAUUUCCUCCCACUCCUGUUACUCAUCCGCCCCAUCUGCCCGCUGGGGACAAUUCUCAUGGACUGAACCCAUCUUUACCAGCAUCCAUCUCUCAAUCUGGGGCAAAUAGCACAUUUUCAAAUCCAGCAGCCCCUUCAUUGUAUCCAGGACAUGUUACUAACAGUGUAGAAAUGAAUCCAAAUGUUGAACGCAGCACACGCAACCCCAUGGGGCCAUCAGAUUCCAUGGGGAUUGCUUUAGAAAAUUCUGCUUGUGGGCAGCAGGGUCUAGCUUCUGUGCCAGCCAGACCACCCAGUAGUCAAGAGAUUAGUAGGAACCCAAGCAACCCUAUUUCAGUACCAACAUCAGCGUCUUUCUUUCUCCCUGCGCAGCAAACAGUGCCUCAAUGGAUGCCUGCCCAAGGCACCUUUCAGCCUCAAGGUCCUCCUUACUCACCCUACCCAGAACCACCUCCCCAGAAUGCUCUUUAUGCUGUUACUCAGUCUUCUGUUGGCAUUUCCCAACCAGGUCCCCACAUGGAUACACAUCAAAGUACCCCACAGCAACCUCCUGUCCAAAACACCACCCAGGCACCCUUGAUGUUUGGUGAUGCUCCCCACAACUCUGCUUGGCAGAAUGCAGGAGGAGCCAGCCCCUGGCCAGCUCAGCCUCCACAGGAGCACUUUUAUUUGCAACCCCUCGAUGCUAGCUACUCCCCACCUGUCCAUCCAGCCACUCAGGAAAACAGUCGGCCAGCCCAGCCUCAAGGCACACCCGAAGGGGCAAGUGGGCAACACCCAAACAGUGCAGAUUCGGGGACAGUUUCAAUGUUUUUCAAAGGUGAUGAGGCUGAGAAUGAGGAGAUCCUUUCAUCAGAAAGGAGCGAUGAGGCUGGCAAAGCUAGCAUUGAUGCUUUUCAGCAGACAAUGGGACACACGUAUUACCAGCCACUUCAUUCUGUUCACCAGAUCCCAACCCCCCCUUUUCCUGCUGCUCAGCCUAACUUAGUUCUGCCAGCUGAGACCCUACAAAAGGAAGUGGAUGUCCAGCAUUCCUUUAGAAAUUUGUGUGCACAGCAUGAUGUGCAUGUCAGUGAAAACACAGUGGGCAAAGCUGGUCCUGUGGUCACUAGUGGCCAUGUUGGCUCACAAUAUGAAAAUGUCGAAAACCAGGAGUGCAUUCAAAAUCAGGAAGUUUUGCCAAGUGAACCACCCACCCAGAGCUGUUCGUCCCCAGACACAGUGUCUGAUCCAAACAGGUAUGCCUCACUGGUGGGACCUUUACUUCCAAAGAACACAGUUGUGAGCCAUAUGGAAGGAGGACCAAAUCUGGAAGCCCCCGAUUUAUUACUUCGUCCUGGACGUCCCGAUAGUGUCUCUUCCAACUACAGUAACUUGAGCCACAGGAGCAUUUCCAAUUCAUCUCGGCCACAAGAGCUGGGCACUUUCAUCCAGCAAGAAAGUGGGAAACCUGAAGAAGAGACUUCCAGAGGCUUCUUUAAGCAGAUUGACUCCUCACCUUUGGUGGGAGGAGAGGCAACCGAACAGAAUCCCGGGAAGAAUUAUUGUGGCAGUCUCUCUCAGGCCCCAACACCAAGUCCCCCCAAACCCACAGGAGUGUUUCAGACGAGCGCCAAUAGUUCGUUUGAGCCAGUCAGAUCCCAUGGAUCAAGCAUCAAACAUGUGGAGGCUGACCAGGCAAAGAUGGUAGUGGAGCGGAGAGAGAAUCCCCCAAACCAAAUGGGUAGCAAAAAAAGCCCAGCCACACCAGUCGCCUCGCCAGGUAAUCUUGAGCAGCCUCCCGAUAACUUGGAAACUCUCUUCAUGCCUCAGUCCCAUCCCUUGCCUCUUACUGUGGCUGGCAGUGGGGGAAGUGCAUCGCUGCCUGUUGCUGGGUCUCUGACGGAGAACGUGCAGUUGGCUUCUGAUAAAAGACCUUCAGCCAGGACUCAGGGAGGCAUUAAGAAAUGCGAGAGUCCAGCCACGACCCUUUGGGCCCACAAUGAGUUGCCCAGUUUCGGGGGCAAUGUACUCCUUGCCCCAGCUGCACCUGCAGUGUAUGUUCCAGCCAAGCAGACCGUUCAGGUGGUUCAGCCCCCUGAAGAAGGGUUAUCUGGACCACUUCAGAGUGAGCCAGCCUCUGUUCUUCUCACACCAUCACAGGCUGGAAGCGUUCCUUCCGAAAACCUGGAAAAUCCUCCCAAAAUAGGAGAUGAGGAGGCCCUUCGCUCUCAGGCAAGCUCAGGUUAUGCAAGCCUCCUUUCCUCCCCACCUACAGAAGCCCUGCAGAACCAGCCCGUCUUGAUUGCCCAGCCUAAUCAAAGCUGCAGCUUGGCCCAACCAGUGAAUUUCUCUCUUGCAAAUCAACUCAACAAGCAUGAAAGUAAUCAUUUGGCAAAAGAUACCACGCUUAGCAGUAAGCCUUUAUUGGGCAUGCAGAAUAGCGGAAACUCUUCUGGUGAAAACGUCCUGUUCCCUGGAGUACAACUUGGAUUGUCUGGUCACUCCCCAGCUGCCUCUCUGUCCAAUAACUUUUCACAGGGUCCUCUGCAUGCUUCUGAAACUACCUUGAAUAAAUCAGCAAAUUUGCUAGUGCAGCCUGCUGCUCAGGGGCCCCUCAACCUGUCUCCAGAAAACCAAAAGACCCCUAGUUUGGAAGGAGGGUUCACCCCUGAAUUAACUAGCAAGCUUGGGGCUACCAGUGGCCUGUCAGGCACUCCUAACAUGAUGUUGGCUGGUGUGUCGGCUGGAGGGGCUAAUAAUCGCAGUAAGGCUAAGAAUGGUUCAAACAGCCAGGAGUUUUCUCAAGCACUUGAUUUUACCAUAGCCAAGACUCUGGAACAAAACAGUAUGGAUGGAUGUACUCAGUUGCUUUCUACCAGCCGAAUGUUUGAGCAGCCACCUGACCAGGCUAGUCAGGGGGUGUCUGAGGCUCGGAACCAACAGCAUUUCUACCAGCAGGUCACAAGAGACAUGCAAUCUCAGGUGCCAUCAGGCAAUGCUACCCCCUUGCAGCAGCAAGCACAGACAGCUCCAGCAUCUCAGGCGGCAACCUCUCCACAGUCUCUGGCACCCUUAAAUCACCAGCUGCCCCCUGGCAGUAGUUCUGCCCAGGCCCUAAGCCAAAAACAUGUCCCAGCAGCCCCCUUGGAAAGGAGUACAGCCCCAACAACAGCAAGCUACAGCCAGGUGACUCCAAAUAACAAGCAGACAUCAUCAGGCCAGCCUUCAAAUGCUGCCCCUCUUGGCAGCCUUCCUCCAUCAUCAACGGUUGGUGCCAGCCAGCUGGCUCAUCCCCCUUCUCAGCAAGAACCACAACACCCGCAGCCUCCUCAGACACCUCAGAAUGCCUUUGGUGUGCCACCAAACCCUUACUAUUACUAUGGGCAACCUUAUGAAUCCUAUCCAUCCGCAUAUCAUCCACCAUAUCCUCCCAUGGAUCCACGGACAGCUCAUCUCUACUACCAGGAGGAUGUAUAUGGCCGAUAUGACCCAUCAUCCUACCAAUAUGAUAGCACCACAGCCUAUGGGGAUCCCGGGAAUUACCGCUACAUGGAACCUGAGCGUCCCAGCUCUAGAGCAAGCCAUACCUCUGACAGACCUCCAUCAAGGCAAGGCUAUCCUGAUGAUUAUUACAACACCAAAGGUGGAUGGAGUGAUUACUACGCAAAUUAUUAUGGCUAUGAUUACAGAGACCCUAGUCGCGGUGACCGCUAUCCCUCAGCAUAUGAUGCCCGGUAUCGUGAUGUUAGGGCCUACGACCAGCGGUAUUGGUACGACACAGAACACAAUCCCUACCAAAAGAGAGAGCCCUAUCCAUAUGGAAACAGUCAUGACCGAUAUGAAGAUCACUGGCGAUAUGACCCUCGCUUCGCUGGUAGCUUCGAUGAUGAUCUGGAGCCUCGAGGAGAUCCCUAUGGAGAUGACUUCGACAGGCGUAGCGUCCACAGUGAGCAUUCUGGCCACAGUCUGCAUAGUUCUCACAGCAUCCACAGCCGCCACAGCAGUUUCAGCUCUCGGUCUCAGCAAAGCCAGCUUUAUCGAAGUAAUCAUGACUUGACAGCCAAUGCCUAUGAUGCACACCACCAGCCGGCCUCACUCCGUACCCAGUAUUCUUGUGAUGGAUAUCCUCAAUAUAUGAACCCACCCACUUUGGCAGAUUAUAACCACUCAGCCCAGACUGCUUGGCCAACAGCAGAAGAACAAGUCCCUUCGAGGCCUCUGACACCUGAGAAGUUCUCAGUUCCUCAUGUAUGUGCACGAUUUGGUCCUGGAGGCUACCUCAUAAAGGCACUACCAAACCUGCCCUCAGAGGGACAACCUGCGUUGGUUGAGAUCCACAGCAUGGAGAUGAUAAUGCACUAUUCCUUGGAGCAGGAGGAAAUGAGAGUGUUUCCUGGCCCUCUCACCAAAGACGACACUCACAAAGUGGAUGUUAUUAAUUUUGCCCAGAACAAAGCCACUCGAUGCUCUCAAGAUGAUGCUCUGCUUGACAAGGAGUCUGCCCGCCUGCUCUGGGACUUCGUUGUUCUCUUGUGCAGACAGAAUGGGACAGUGGUGGGCACCGAUAUUGCUGAGCUUCUUCUACGAGAUCAUAAAACAGUGUGGCUCCCCGGGAAGUCACCCAAUGAAGCAAACCUGAUUGACUUCACCAAUGAGGCUGUGGAGCAGGUGGAGGAGUCCGGGGAAGCUCAGCUGUCCUUCCUCACAGACAGCCUCAUCGCCACCAUCGACAGCCUAGAGAAAGAGACAGAGCGAUUCCGAGAGCUGCUGCUUUACGGCCGCAAGAAGGAUGCUCUGGAGUCUGCCAUGAAACAUGGUCUCUGGGGCCAUGCCUUGUUACUUGCCAGUAAGAUGGACAGCAGGACUCAUGCCAGAGUGAUGACAAGAUUUGCUAACAGCCUUCCGAUAAAUGAUCCACUGCAGACUGUUUACCAGCUCAUGUCUGGGAGGAUGCCAGCAGCAUCCACGUGCUGUGGUGAUGAGAAAUGGGGGGACUGGAGACCUCAUCUGGCAAUGGUCCUGUCCAACCUGACUAAUAACAUGGACGUAGAGACGAGGACGAUCAUCACCAUGGGCGACACACUUGCCUCAAAAGGCCUUUUGGAUGCUGCUCACUUUUGCUACCUGAUGGCUCAGGUUGGAUUUGGAGUUUACACAAAGAAGACGACCAAGUUGGUGCUGAUUGGCUCAAAUCACAGCUUACCUUUUCAAAGGUUUGCCACCAAUGAAGCUAUCCAAAGGACAGAAGCUUAUGAAUACGCACAGUCACUAGGGACUCAGCCGUGCUGUUUGCCCAACUUUCAGGUUUUCAAGUUCAUCUACGCUUGCCGACUGGCUGAGAUGGGACUGGCCGCACAGGCGUUCCAUUACUGUGAAGUGAUUGCCAAAGCUGUCCUGAAAAACCCCAGCUAUUAUUCCCCUGUUUUGAUCAGCCAGGUGAUCCAGAUGUCCUCUCAGUUGCGGCUCUUUGACCCACAGAUCAAAGAGAAACCAGAGCAGGAAUUCUUCACUGAGCCCAGUUGGUUAGUACAACUUCGGAACUUAGAUGGACAAAUUAAGGAAGGCUCUCUAGCUUACAGCGCUGGCAGAUCCACACCCCAGCAGUAUGCAUGCAGUACGCCAAGCUCAGAACUGGACCGCAUCAGUCAGAGUGAAGGAAUAGGACCUGGCCAGGAUAUGAGUUCUGGCCCUGACAACCCACUCCUAGCCUCUUUGCUCCCUAAUGCAACACACCCCAUACAGGGGGUCCAGCUGAUGCCUUCAGCUCCUCAAACCAUUCUGGACAGCUCAACUGCCAUGGCUCCAUCUUCCCAACAAGAGACUUUCAACAAUGUUCCAGUCUACUCCAUGCCUCCUUCCGGUGCGGGGUCAGGACCUGGGCUGGGACCUGGCUUUUCAGGCUCCUUUGCUGCUGAACAGAGCCCAAUGUACCCAGGAAUGAUGGUGCCCCCAGCAGGCUUACCACCUCAAGCCAGUGAGCUGCAGCUGCAGGAACAGGUCAACCAGGAAACAGCUAUGCAGGCUGCCCCUCGGGAGUCUCCAGGUUGGAAGCCUGUACCAGGGCCCAGAGAAGAUGACUUCUAUGGCAAGAUGGCAAGCAUGGGCCCGGGCCGACGAUCCAGAACUACCUCUCAGUCUUCAGCCCAUAUGGGCUUUGGACAGCGGUCUCGGACCACCUCAGAAUCCUCUGUGCAUUCGGUGGGACGUGAGAGACGGAACUCGGCAGCAAAGCAGCCCUCUCCGCCCCCACCAUCAAUCCCAGAAGGGAAAGAAACCAAAAAAGAAACCAAAAAGGAAACAGCACCACGGAAGAGCGGUGCGACGUGGUUUGGCUGGCUGAUGGGCAAAAGCAAGAAUGAAGCUCACCUCCCUGAUGACAAGAACAAAUCGAUUGUUUGGGAUGAGAAGAAACAGCGGUGGGUCAAUUUAGAUGAACCAGAAGAAGAGAGCAAGCCACCACCUCCGCCUCCUACGGGGUUCCCACAAGUUCCUCAGGCAGCUCCCACUGGUCCAGGAGGUCCUCCCAAUGCUUCAGUCAAUAUGUUCUCCAGGAGAGCAGCAGGAAGCAAAGCUCGCUAUGUUGACAUCCUGAACCCAAGCAGAGCGAAGUCUCCUGGGACUGCCCCUGCACCUUCUGAACUCUUUGCUCCAUUGGCCCCAAUGCCCAUUCCUGCAAACAUGUUCGUACCAAACUCAGUUGCAGAAGAUCAGCAGCCUCUGGAAGGUGGCGUGGCUGAAGAGCAGAUGACCCCAGGAAAUGAACGUAACCCUGAAAUGGCUGCAGAGCAUCCAUACUUAAAUUCUGACACAUUUCCACCUGGCUCUGAGCUCUCUCAGUCCAACCCAGAGGGCUCCCAGUCCGGUGAGCUUUCGCGCUCUAGUUCAAUGAGUUCAUUAUCACGUGAAGUAAGCCAGCAUUUUAACCAGGCUCCUGUGGGAGGACCCCCAACAGGCACAGUCCAGUUUUACAACCCCUCCCAGUUUGCACAGUCUGCUGCAGGUCCAGGAAGCGCAAGACCCAGCAGAAUUGGAUUGAGAAAAUACCCCACCUUAAAAUAGCAUCCAGCCACCUUAUUAUCUGGGCUUUGAUAUAUGGAUUUACAAAGACUUACUCAAGAUCCCAUGGUGCACAGGACCCAUCCUCUCCCACACCGGAGAGGCGCAUCAGUUUGCAUAGGUUUUCUUCUGAGGCUCUGGCCUACAUAGAUUACCAAGGGCACCCCAUUUUGUAAAAGCUGGUUGCAGAGUUUCUUAACUUUGGGGAAAACUGGAGAGGGAUGAACCACCAGGAGUGAAAUGACUUCUGUUGUUUCCUGGAAUCUUAACAGGAAAAAGGGGCUGUUUUUCCCCCUUUAGCUGACUUGACUACACUUUGGAUACUCUUCAGUGGUUUGUGUAAGAAAGGGGUCUUUCCCAAUAUUUAGGGAAUCCAUGUCACCUUUUAACAUUACAGUUUGUGGCCUUACAGGGAUUGGGGCACAGUUUUUAUGCAUAUAAACCAUCAGCUGGCUUGACUGCUUAUCUGAAGCAUUAGGACAUUGGCCGGGAUUGUCUUCAUAUGUGAAGUCUCCCAUUCCCCCAAGAAUUGCUUGGGGAGGGAAACAUAGCUCAUCCAAAUAAACCGACAUAUAAUGAAAGGAAGGGAGGGGGGAGAAACAAAACUGUGAUUUGUAAUCUAAGACUUAAUUGGAAGUGGAUUUUCUUUCGUAUGUACGUAGUCUGUGUUUAGGGUCCCUGUAAAGCAAAACUGUAUAGUUGAAAACAGAAGCUCUUUGUAUAGUAGGCGGCGCUGUUCUGAUGAUUCUUCUGGAAGUGCAAUAUGGCUCCUUCUCUUAGACCCUGUCAAGCGCUUGAUUUUAACAGCUCAAAGGGGCUUUGUGUUUGCUUUUCUUUAAAAUGUAGUGUGGAAAUCUGUUUCCACUCUCCCGUCUUGAAGCUUCCUCCGUCGUCCAAACGGCUGAGGUCUUAAAUAUCUAACCGUCUCAACUAAAUUAAAGUAGAUUUGGAGUCGGCAAGCCUCUCCUGUGGUGCGCGUGAAAUUGUUUUUUGGUUUGGUUCAGGGAAUUCCAGGAGUCUUUGAAGGAGACGAUCAUGGUCACAUCCACUUUAAGCCUGGAGAUGAACUAAUUUAUGUCUUGGGGUACAGUUUGCUGAAGCAAAGCCAGUUCAGUCCGUGGCCAACAGUGUAGCUUAUGGCUAUUAAAAACAUGUUAGUGUGGAUUUAUUAAUGUUGCCCAUUUGUGGAGUCGUCCGUGCAUCUGAGAUCUGGAAAGCCUUAAAACUUAACACUACUACCAAGGGAUUUUAUUCAGGAGGAAUUGUUCUCCAUCGACAGUCAGGAGCCUGGACUUGUCCUGACCGACGUGACGGUUUCUUUUAUCACCAAACCCUUUCGGAUAACUUGGUGUCUUUUCCCUUUACACACAGUUGUGUCUCCGAAUCUCCCUUCUCUCCGUAUAGACUGCCAAAACCUCUCUCGGUUCAAGAAGGCUUCCUCAGCACCAAGAGCCACUCUCUCUGUCCUAAAUGUUAGAAUCGACACUGUACAUUCUUAAAUAAAAUAUUUUGCGCUCUGGAGCACUUUUUCACA